AUGAGUAUGCGUCGAAAGUACAUCGCCAUCUUAUGUGCUCAACUGACGAGCCUUGCUCUGGGAAGUCAUCAAGCGCGCACUCCAGCGGCGAACCAAGACGUCCUUGGAUAUGUUGACCCUCUCAUCGGGUCAAAUAACGGAGGCAAUGUGUUUGCAGGAGCUAGUCUGCCAUAUGGCAUGGCCAAGGCAGUAGCAGAUGUUGAUGGUCAAAAUACCUCAGGUUUUUCCACCGACGGCAGCAACGUCACCGGAUUUUCUGCUUUACAUGAUGCCGGCACAGGGGGGAACCCAUCAUUGGGCAACUUCCCUUUGUUCCCUCAAUACUGUCCUGAAGACGUGCUUGACAACUGCAACUUCCCCAACGCUGCGCGGGCAGUCCAUUAUCUGAAUGACUCGGUUGUCGCCCGGCCGGGGUAUUUCGCUCUCUCGCUGGAGAAUGGGAUUCAUGCUGAAAUGACUACCACGGAACAUGUCGCCCUGUUUCGCUUCAAAUUCCCUUCAGCGAGAGCAGCGAAUGGUUCGGAGCUUAGCCCAUUAAUUAUGGUAGAUCUGACUGAUCUAUGGAAAAGUCGACAAAACGCGUCCAUUAGUAUAGAUGCGCAGACUGGACGUAUCAAAGGCAAUGGCACAUUCCUUCCCAGCUUUGGGGCAGGCUCUUACGUAUCGUAUUUCUGUGCGGAUUUUGCCGGCGCACCUAUACGAGAUAAUGGAAUUUGGGUCAAUAAUCGAGGAGGAACUGAGCCUAAAGAGCUAUACGUUACUCGAGGGUUUAAUAACUUUUAUCUCGAGGCUGGCGGUUUUGUUAGGUUUGAACGACCUAGUAAUGGAUCAGUGGGUGUACGAGUCGGCAUUAGUUAUAUCAGCACAGAUAGAGCUUGCGAGAAUGCACAACGUGAAAUCCCGCAACCACUAGAGGAGUUCGACGAUAUUCGGCGUCGUGCAGAGAGUGCUUGGAGAGAAAAGCUUAGGCCGAUAUCUAUAAAGCCAGGCGGUGCGAGUGAGGCUUUGCAAACCAGCUUCUGGAGUGGUGUCUAUCGCACAAUGCUUGAUCCACAAGACUUGACCAGUGAGAACCCACUCUGGAAAAGCGACGAGCCCUACUUUGACUCUUUUUACUGUAUCUGGGAUUCCUUCAGGGCACAGCAUCCGUUCCUCACAAUUGUUGAUCCAGCGGCACAAUCAAGGAUGGUACGCAGUCUCCUCGACACGUAUAAGCACGAAGGCUGGUUACCAGACUGCCGCAUGAGCCUUUGCAAAGGCUGGACACAGGGUGGUUCAAAUGCCGACGUCGUGCUAACCGAUGCGUAUGUAAAGAAUCUCACUGGGAUUGACUGGGACUUAGCAUACGAGGCCAUGGUCAAUGAUGCUGAGAACGAGCCCUUGGAAUGGUCGUAUGAGGGAAGAGGUGGCCUGCAAAGCUGGAAACGACUCAACUACAUACCAUACUUAGACUUUGAUUACCUGGGCUUUGGUACUAAUUCCCGAAGUAUCUCACGAACGCUGGAAUACUCAUACAACGAUUUCUGUUUAUCGACAGUUGCCAAAGGACUCCAGAAGGAAGACUACACUAAGUACCGGUCCAGAGCUGGAAAUUGGCAAAACUUAUAUAAAGCUGACCAAACUUCUUUGAUCAACGGCACUGACACUGGCUUUGUUGGCUUCUUCCAACCCAAGCAUCUAAAUGGAACGUGGGGUUACCAAGAUCCAAUUGCCUGCAGUGCCCUUGCUUCAUGGUGUUCACUAACAAGCAAUCCAUCCGAGACUUUUGAAUCUAGCGUAUGGGAGUACCAAUUCUACGUCCCCCAUGAUAUGGCGACUCUGAUAGACCUCCUCGGUGGCCCAGACACAUUCGUCUCCCGACUCGACUUCUUUCACACCUCUGGUUUAGCGGAUAUGGGCAACGAACCUGUGUUUCUAACGGUAUACCAGUACCACUAUGCCGGGAGACCCGCGCUCUCCUCUCGCCGUGUGCAUAGCUACAUCCCAUCUUUAUUCAACACCUCGAACAGCGGCCUGCCUGGAAAUGAUGACUCAGGAGCUAUGGGUGCAUUUACUGUGUUCUCCAUGAUGGGCCUUUUCCCAAACCCUGGGCAAGAUGUCUACCUUAUUAUUCCUCCGUUUUUUGAGGAGGUUCAGAUCACGCACCCAACAACAAACAAGACUGCUACGAUUCGAAACGUUAACUUCGACAAUGCCUACAAAGAUAUUUACGUUCAGAGUGCAACGCUCAAUGGGAGCCCUUAUACAAAGAGUUGGAUUACCCAUGACUUCUUCACUCAGGGUAUGACGCUAGAGUUGACUCUGGGGGACACUGAAAGUGACUGGGGCUGUCGUGAGGAAGACUUGCCGCCUAGUCUGAGCAAGUCAUUUAGUUGAGACAAGGCCGAAAUUUUAUGGCAAAUUGAUGUGGUGCCGGAAAUAGGAAUGGGAGCUCGAAAUGUAGUGGCCUCUACUUAUGAACAUAGUUUAUCUGAGAC